GGGGUUACACAGUAACCAAGCUUCGUGUCUUUGGCUACGUCGUUACAGAGGUUAAAAACGGACACAAACAGCUAAUGACGGAAAAGAAACAAUAAAUGUGCGGUUUUAUUGGCCCAGCUGGAGCGCUGUUUGUGUCCGGUUGGCGAAGCGCUUUUUGGAGUUUGGAGCGUCGAGGGAAGCGGUGCGUCGAUCUGGGAGUUGCAGUGUUCAUUUAAACUGUCUGAGAAAGGGAAGAUGCGGCUCGAUCCGAAACAAACACCCACUAAAGGCUCGAAAAGACAAUGUCAAUGAAAAGCUUCGGUUCAAGAAGUUAAUCUGAGAGAGCCAAGCUUGAAGCUCUUCCCGUGCUAGUGAUAAUAAACGCAGGUCUGACUGAUGGAUCUGCUGGAGUGUCCGCACUGCCUCCUCGCGAUGUGCGAGCCGGUGACCGUGCCGUGCGGCCACACAUUCUGUCGGAGGUGCGCGGGGGGCUACCUCACCACCAAAUGCCCGGUGUGCAAAGAGAGGCUGAGACAAAAGGACGUGAGGAGCACCAAGAACAACGUUCUGCUCAUCGGAGUCAUUGAAAAGUGCUGGCCCGACGAGACGAGAGUGAAGUGCCAAAUUCAAGAGAAGCUCAAAGCAAACGAGUUCACGGAAGCUUUACGCAUGGCCAAUGAGAGGCUGCACUUAGUCCCGCACAAUCAAAUCUUGAAAUUGUUCAGAGCCGAAGCCAACCUUGGCCUGCUGCGGUUCUCCGAUGCUCUGGCGGACCUCGACUACCUCUGCUGCCUUCAACCCAACUGGACAGAAGGCUUUUUUCGUAAAGGGAAUGUACUGCUUGAAAUGGGUCGGCAGAAGGAAGCCCUAAUCCAGUUCCACCGUUGCCUAAAACUUCAACCUGACUUUGUUCCUGCAAAGAGCCAGAUCAAGAAGGUUCUGCAGGUAGAGGGAAUAGCAGUGCCAGAGGAGGUGCCCUGCAUUCUGCAGUUGGUUUCCGAGUACUUGAAAGAACUCUGCCCCAUCACCACCCUCAGUGGCUCUCAGGCACCAAUGCAAGGAGAAACUAAGCCUGCAAACAUAGAGAAGAGAGAAACACACAAGAUGAAGCAUGAUGCAGGGACCGAGUGCUGCCUCAGCCUCUGCCAAGCUGUUUCCUUCCUGCCUGCUGCUGAGGAAGAUGAAGAAAUGAUGAUGAGGAAAGAUGAAUGCCAAGGUAGAGGUGAAAGUGAAGCACACAGAGAGAAAACGUUGGCUGUGCUUACUGUGUCCGACUUUGAGUGCCCUCUCUGCAUUAGGUUGUUUUUUGAGCCAGUUACAACUCCCUGUGGCCACACUUUCUGCAAAAACUGCAUCGAGAGGAGUCUGGACCACAACGUCCGUUGUCCACUCUGCAAACAGCCGCUGCAAGAGUACUUAAAAAACCGAAAGUACAACCCCACAAUUCUGAUUCAGGACAUCAUGGAGCAACUUUUUUCCCCUCAGUUGGCUGAAAGGAAACAGAUUCAUGAUGCAGAGAUGGCUGAACUCUCCAACCUUACCAAGGAUAUCCCCAUAUUUGUCUGUACUGUGGCCUUUCCUGGAGUGCCGUGCCCACUGCACAUCUUUGAGCCUCGCUAUCGGCUGAUGAUGCGCCGCUGCAUGGAAACCGGCACCAAGAAGUUUGGCAUGUGCAGCUAUGAGCAUGGCAAAGGGUUUGCCGACUAUGGCUGUAUGUUGGAGAUCCUAGAUAUGGAGCGGCUGCCUGACGGACGAUUUUAUGUGGAAACUGUGGGUGGCAGCAGAUUCAGAGUGCUCAGGAGAGGUCAGAGGGACGGAUAUCACACGGCCGAUAUCGAGUACCUGGAAGAUAUCAAGGUGGAUGGUAGCGAGCUGGAGCUUUUGCAGCAUCUUCAUGACAGUGUGUACCAGCAGGCUCAGGACUGGUAUCAGCGUGUGGGCAGCCGGAGCCGCGAGCACAUAAACAGACAGCACGGCAGCAUGCCGGAUAAGGAGGCAGACAUUCAGGCCUUGGCCAAUGGUCCAGCCUGGUGCUGGUGGCUGCUGUCUGUGCUUCAGCUGGACCCCGCCUAUCAAACUACCUUCUUGUCCCUGACCUCUCUCAAGGACCGCCUAGGACACCUCCGCCUCGUCCUUGAGUACUUUUCUCAGAGCUAGAACCAAGAGAACAGCUGCAGCUUACUUAGAGUUCAACAUUACGCUCACAUACAGUGAAACCAGUGAACGCAUGCACAAAUACAGAGCCUGAGGUAGUGUUUGGGACUGACUUAAGUAAAGGCACUGUCGAACCUGGCCAAAACCUAAUCAUUUAUCUAUACAACUCAAUGCAGAGUUGGAAUUUCUGCUGUUUGACUUUGCAAAUAGAUCUUUAAAUACUUUCGAAUCAGUAAGAACUUUGGGGUUGACCCAAAACAAUUCUUGUUUUGGGUCUUUAAAGGUUGAUAUCCAUGAAGAAAUUAAACCAGGUCACUUUUCCAAAUGUCUUGCUGUAGACGGACACUCAUUGCAAACACUCUCCUCAAUACAAACACAAUGAGAAUAAAAUAACCUGUUGUUCCCUCUUAUGAGAAGACUCUUUGUAUUAACUUAGCUACAUGUGGAGAUAUAAUAAACAUAUAUGACUUUUUUCAGGGCCAUAUUGAUUAUUUUUGAUAUCCCAGUAUCAUCCUUUUAAUAGAGGCAAUACUUCUUUGAUCAUUGGCCUUGGCAACCAUAGAAUGUGGCUCAUUUUAUACUAAUAAAUUGUUUCAAAAGACCCCUAUUUACUAUGAAAGUAUUGCAAUAACAACUGACACUUUUACACUGCAACAGGCGGAAGAUUUUUAUUCCUGAUAUAUGAAAGCUGCUGCUGCUCAGCAUUUGUCAUAGACAACCUUUUUGACUUCCUGAUAUAUAGAAGAUUGAAUUGGCAAAUAAAAGGCAUAACGUGCUUGUUUUUUAAUGUAAAGAUGGCCCACAAGAAAAUAGCAUUGUGUGUAUUUGUUUAAGGUGUAAAUUCAUAAUUCGUGUCCCCACUUUUGGUUCUUAAUUCAGCAGGACGUGUUAUCAUCACUGAUAACAUCUACUGUUAUGGCACAUGAAACUGUUAAGGCUUCUUACACAGGGGCAGCCAUGAAAUUACUUUGGAUAGAAACUCUUUGUUGAGGUCCGUCUUGGUCUGUGUCUCCAACGGCGGGGAUGCCUACAAUGGACACGACACCUACCUCUGGCCCUUUCCUCUAUCUCUGCAUCGGUCUGGCCCAUCCUCCGCCACCAGCUGUGGUACCUUUGAGUGCCUGGGCCACAUCAUCAGGAGACAUGGACGAAGUCUUAGUGUGUCGACACAACUUCAGUGGUGGACCUUUCGGUUUUUCUAUUUGCUAUAGUGCUACAUUCCAUGGAAUGGUAACGCUGUUAAAUUAAUUUACUAACAACUACGGGCGUAACUGGGUGACUUUGUUUUUUACUUUCAUAAAUGUGCCAUUUUUGUCGACUGCUUUGAAGUUGUUACUCUGUGCUGGACUUGUGAAAAGAUGCCUUCUUGUAUGGUGGGCAGUGAACUACACCUUGUUUUUCUUGACAGACAUAUCGCUCAAAGUGGUCCCGCGAAGUUCAGCUAACUUUCUUAUUGGUGGAGCCAAGCUUGCAUGAUGAUGUAUUUAUAGCUGUGGACAAAAGGGGUACCUUGCUGCUUGAAAUAUCCCUCCGGGUGAUGGACUGAUGGAUAUUGAGUGCACCAGUGGUGAUCUGGUUAACAGGUUCAUUUCUGAACUCUGUGUUGGGAAUACUUUCUGAUAAAUGCUCAUUUACAUAAAAAGGGACUGAGAUAAGGUAAAUAACUGUUUUGUUUUUCUUUUGCUUUACUCUUACAUCUGUAUUCUGAUGCUUCACUAUAGAUGUGCCUCUCAGUUAGUUAGAAUAUCAUUGAAAUCUUUAUUUAUUUCAGUAAUUCAGUUCAAUACACUGUAAAAACUUCACACUGGGCCUCGAACAACUUAGAUUCUGUGUCUCUCCACUCUUCUUUCAAACUGUUGGACCUUGAUUUCCAAAUAAAAUGCAAAAAUCUUGAUUUGAGCAACAGUCCAGUCCUUUUGUUUACCUUUCACCCAGAUGGUUCUGUCAUUGUUUGUGGUACAUGAGUGGCUUAGCACGAUAAUCAUGACAACUGUCUCCUAUGCCCUGCAUACAUUGGUCCUUGAAGCAUUGAUUCCAAAUGCAAGCCAUGGAUCAGCCCCCCACCCCCCACACUCUUGUAUGGGCUUUGUUCACAAUCCACUCAAGGCUGCAGUUUUCCCUGAAGUCAGCAAUCUUCCUCAUGAGUGAUUAAGCCAUAGCAUGGUCAUAUUAUAAUGUUUCUGUAUUUAAAUCAAUUUUUACUCAGUCUCAUGUUAAUUUGUAUUUUUUUCAGAAACUGAAUUGCAAGUUUUUAUUAGCAGUGAACCUUUAUCAUCAAAAUAAAAAAAAAGAAAUGCUUGAAAUUUAUCAUUGUGUCAAAUGAAUCUAUAUAAUAGACAACUUUUACUUUUUGAAUUAAAUUACUGGAACACGCUAUGUUUCAAUGGUAUUCUAAUUUCUUAAGAUGCACCCGUAAUGGUAUAUUUGAUUUACUGCCCAAACGAGCCAUGUCUUUCUCUGCUGAAAUGGUAAUUUAUUUUGUUUCGCUGCCAUCUGUCUCACAUUAGCUUUCUUUGCCAAAAAGAUAUAAUUUUUUUUGUGUUACUUCACAAUAAAUGUCUAUUAUCCCA